UUCAGCUGCAGUUCAUUUCACAGGUGCAUUGCUUCGGCUUAAGACUAGACAUUCUUCUACAAGAGAGGUUCACAGCAUAAUGUUUGCCAACAACUCACUGCCUCCCAGCAGUAAGGAUAAUCACAACAAUGUGGCUCCUGAAGCCGUCAUGGACAACUUAAACACCGUCCUCCUUACACUGACCGUCGUGUUUGGGAUCACAGGAAACUCUGUGGUGAUCUGGGUUGCAGGAUUCAAGCUCAAGCAAAAAGUUACCAAUGUGUGGCUGGUGAACCUGGCGAUAGCCGACCUCAUCUUCUGCAUCACACGAGUUUUCUCCCUGAUCAAGAAGCUCUUCUUUGACCACUGGCCCUUUGGAGAAUUUCUCUGCAGGUUUCACGGCUUCUUUAAAUACGCCAACAUGUUCUGCUCCGUCUUCCUGUUGGCUGUGAUCAGUUUGGACAGGAUGAUCGGUGUGUGGAGGCCCUUCUUUACAAAGCGACGGCGAACCCUGUUUGCUGCCAGAGUGGUGGCAGUUUGUGUCUGGAUCACAGCCACCCUCUUCAGUAGUCCCUUCUUGUUCUACCGCCAAAUCCACCUGGGAGAGAACAACUUGAGCAAAUGUUCUUUGGAUGUAAAAGAGGGAGACAACACCACCAAAUUUGCUCUGUAUUUAAACAGGUUCCUGUGUGGUUUUGUUUUUCCUUUCUUGAUCAUUCUGAUCUGUUACAUUAUGACUGCCAUUGGCAUCCGACGCACUCGCCUUGUAGGAAAGACACGCUCCCUGCGUAUACUGGCAUCUCUGGUCAUUGCAUUCUUCUUGUGCUGGGGUCCUUACCACUGUUUGCUCCUUGUGAAGAUGGUGGAUAAAAAGAAUGCAGUGCUGAAAGUCUGGCAGCCUUUGGCCAACGGCUUUGCCUACUUUAACAGCUGCGUGAACCCGCUGCUGUACUUCUGCAUGGGGCUGGAGGUGAAGCCAGAGCUGAGAUGGAGUCUUACAGGAAUUUGUAAGAAAGCUCUGACUGAUGAUAGCGAAGAACAGGUGAACCAAUCAGAUCGCAGAAAAAGCAGUGCAUCAAAAUAAAACUUUGUGUUUGAAGAAAGAACACAAGUCAAAGUGUUUCUUGUUGGUAUCUUGGCUUUGACUUCGUGGAAAUGCUGCACAUCAUUCCAGAUGUUAAACCUUUGUUUCAAAUGGAGUUGUAAAGCAUAUUCAAUUCAACUAAAUGCUCUGCUCAGCAUCUUACUUUUUUACCAAAACAAGUACUUCCUGUUUUUUUUAUGUUUGUGCUCGUGAUUUACAAUGAAGUGAGAAAGUCGAAGUGUCUGUUGAUGAAAGGAUGAAAAAGCAGAGGGAAGUGAAAGUUUUCAAGGAAGUCCAGUAAUAUUUAUGAUUCAGUAUGUUUUGACAAAGGUCAAGAGGAACAGACAAAAUGAACUUGUAUGGAAAGUGAACUGCUAUUUUUGUGUCUUUCUAAGAUUUGGCUUCAUACAAUCACCACACAGAAUGACUUCUGAUCAUGUUAUGCUGCAGCAGAAUGCUGAUGUAUUGUGAAACAGUAGCAUAUGUAGCUUACAGUUUUGUUUUGUUGUUAGUGUCUGUAAUUUGUAUCUACAUUAUCUACUUGAAUAGUCUAUUUCUGCCAAUUUUACUAUAAACAUUAUUUUAUUUAUUUUAUUUCAUUUUUUUUAAUACUGUCCACAUAGCCAAUUCUUUUCAGAUAAAAAUCAUUGCAAAGGUUAAGUAAAUCUUUUGGUGAUUUUGAAAAGAUCAUCCAUGCCUUCAUUUCAUCCUAACUGGACCAUUGCAAUGUUUCCGGGCCUCAGCAGCGAGGAAUGAUUCCUGACGAGGUCAUUCAGUUAUUAGUUUUUAGUUUAGGUGCGUUCCUUCAUGUCGGAGAAGGAAUGCACCUAAAAGUUGUAGCACAGUAGUUACCAAAGACUGGAGGUGGAGGUCCAUAAUAUACACUAAAGAACUGUUGUGAAAUCUAACCUCUGUUAUGAAAGAUAAAGCUCUGGAUUCUCAUGAAGAUUGUGUUUGCUGAUACAAACUGUGCCAGCAUAAGACUGUGAAAGAGUUGGCAGCAGACGGGUCUGUUAUCGGCAGAGAUGUUGAAAUCGCACUGGGUUGAAUUUACAUUAUUUCAGUGAUUUUAUUCCAAAUCGUCUCAUGAUGCAAAUCUUUCUUGGAAUAAAGUCAUGUGCAUGUUCAUGCAGCCACAGACAAGACAGAUCAAAUCAGUUUACUCAUGAGAAAUUUUACUUUCCUUCUUACAUGUGCAAGUAGGAAUUCAUAUUUGUCAAUGAAAACUAAACUACCUUGUCCAGCAGAUUUAUUCACAUCAGCAAAUUCGAUCUCACCAUGACAUUCUCAUAAUUAGAAACUGUGAAAACGUAUUGCCGUAUCUCUUUGUUUGACUAUUGUCAAAGAAACCUGACAAUCGUGCAUGAAUCCUCUGCAGGGAGAUGGAUGUAAUGUAGAAUUUCUUCAAUGGGCAGAAACUGAGAUCUUUUUGUUUUUACUCAUGACAUGUCAAAUAUAAACCACAUAUAGCAGAAUUUAUUAAGGUUAAGUAAGUACAUUCAUUAUAUUUGUAAACGUUUACCACAUAGCGAAAGCUUAAAAAAUGUCUGAAGUUUUUUUGGUUCAAUAAAUUGUGCUACUUUAAACAAAGUCCUCUUGGAUAAUUUGAAUGUUCAGGUUUG